CACCUCGGCCGCAGCAUUCGCAACUCGCUCUAAACUCUCCCACACGUGGCCUGAGACCUGGCACCGGUCCAGGUCUGAGCAGUCUUUUCACAGAGGACCAUGUUGGUACAAGUUAGACAGGGGCAGGUGGUGACAGGAUCAAGUUUGGCAUUAGUCCGGAGGGAUGUAUCCCUCACUGGUUAGGGACCCAGAGGGGUGGGGCCCAAGCCCCUAUUUCUAGAGGCCACCCUACUCCUGCCACUGCUACUGCCUGGGCCUGUUGUCAUUGCCGACCCCGCCAUGGGACUGGAACUCUUCUUGGACCUGAUUUCCCAGCCAUCCCGCGCAGUCUACAUCUUCGCCAAGAAGAAUGGCAUUCCCUUCGAGCUGCGCACCGUGGAGCUGCUCAAAGGGCAGCACUUGAGCAAGGAGUUCUUCCCGGUUAACAGCCUGCAGAGGGUGCCCACCCUCAAGGACGGUGACUUUGUCUUGAGUGAAAGCGUGGCUAUCCUGAUUUACCUGAGCUGCAAGUACCAGACGGCGGACCACUGGUACCCAUCUGACCUGCAAGCCCGCAUGCGCAUCCACGAGUACCUGGGCUGGCAUGCUGACUGCAUCUAUGGCACCUUUGGUGUGUCCCUGUGGGCCCAGGUGCUGGCACCGCUUAUUGGGGUUCAGGUGCCCGAGGAGAAGGUGAAGUGCAAUAGGACCAAUGUAGACAAAGCUCUGCAGUAUCUGGAGGACAAGUUCCUGGGGCACAAGGCCUUCCUCACCAGCCAGCAGGUGACGCUGGCUGACCUCAUGGCACUGGAGGAGCUGAUGCAGUUGGUGGCUGUUGGCUAUCACUUGUUUGAGGAACGGCCGCGACUGGCCGCAUGGCGUGAGCGAGUGGAGGCUUUCCUGGGCAUUGAUCUGUGCCAGGAGGCGCACGGACCCAUCUUGAACGUCGUGGAACAAGCGGCCAACAAAACACUCCCGGAGCCUUCCCCAGAAAUCCAUCUGAUUAUGCUGAAUCGUCUUUUCAGGAUCCCCUGAGAGGUCUGGGAUGAGGCCCGUGAGGAUCAGAAGAUGAGCAAUAAAGAUUCCUAGUGUUUCUUACUUGUCCCUUUUCAUUUGUUCCCAUUGGUCUCAGUCUCUGACUCCAGGAGGAGCUCUGCACAGGUCGGACGCCCAGUGUCCUAGGCAGUGCUUCUCCUCAGGUGCAACAGAGAUGAUCAAUAGAAGACUAAAACCCAUCAUGUAUAAUGAGCUCCUAAAAUUAAAUAACACGAAUAAAAACAAAUCAACUAUAAAUCAGCAAAUGUCAUUGAUCUUUUGAAUAUAAUAAAGAUUCUGAACAGCUUGAUAAGG